GUGCGGGGGCCGAGGCGGGAGGACGUGGUCUAGGACUGUGUGCAGGGGCGCUUCGCAAGGUCAGCGCACGUUGGCGGGCACGGGGAGCGGCAGCCUGGGCCUCGGGGUCGGGCUUGCGCUGCAGAGUUGCGGGCCCCAAGCUGCCCAGCCCCAGAGCCUCAGACAGCCCCGUCUCGCAGUGGAGGCGCCCCGCCAUCCCGGCCCAUUGUCGCCUCCUACGUUAGUAUCCACGCGCACGGCUGAGAGCCCCGGGAGAGAAGCCUUUUGGGAUGACUGCUCUCCUAACAAGGUUGACACUACAGACAAUAAAGAUUGAAAGUAACUACGUUGGACGAUGUCUUGGAAAACACACUGUACAAAAGCCAGCACCAGCACAGCUGCCCCUGACUGCCUCCACCCCAAAACUGGUGUACCUAAUUUUCACAAAAGAUUUUAGUACUGUUGACAACCAAGAUGAGAGAAAAAAGAAAAGGAAGGAUGUUUUUACUAACGUUGGAAGGAAAAUUAGUGAGCGAAUUAUCCGUGUCCUUGAUGAGAAAGGUAAUGACCUGGGAUUGAUGCACCGAGCAAAUGUGAUCAAACUCAUGGACAAGCAGGACUUGAGGCUGGUGCAGAGGAAUGCCAGUGCAGAGCCCCCAGAGUACCAGCUCAUGACUGGAGCACAGAUCCACCAGGAGCGCCUGAAGAUCAGAGAGCUGGAAAAAGCCAAACCCCAAACUGGACCAACUGUGACAAAGGAACUAACUUUUUCUUCAAAUAUUGGACAACAUGAUUUGGACACAAAGAGUAAGCAGAUUCAGCAGUGGAUUGAGAAGAAAUACAAAGUUCAAGUCACCAUAAAGAAGGGGAAAAAUGCAGACGAGCCAGAAAAUAAAAUUGGUGAGGUAUUUAACCAAAUUCUCCAGAGUAUGCCUGGAAUAGCUACCUUCUUAAGCAAACCACAAGCUGUUAGGGGAGGAAGAGCCUUCACGUGUGUUUUUCGUCAUCUGAACAAGAAAGAGGACAAGGCACACAGAGACUCUCAAGAGACCCAGGAAAGACACACUUUGAAUAAAGACAACAGAAGUGACAAGGAGUCAGAUGUUCUGCACCAGUGAUUUUAAUAAAGACUGGCUUCUGAG